AUGAUGGAUCAUCCUGCCAAGACCAAGAAGACGGGAAAAGCUCGCAUCCCGGAUCAUCUGCGCCGGCGGGCACUGGUCAGUUGCGAUCGCUGUAAGAAGAGGCGCAUACGAUGCUCGAGAUCCAGCGGCAGUGAUGCCAAUGAGCCGUGCCAGAGUUGUCUCGAGGUCGGCGUCAAUUGCGAAUCGACUCUACCCCGCAAGACGAGGAUAUACGGCAGCGUCGAGACCCUCAGUGUACGAUACCGAGUCCUCGACACCCUGAUCAAAGGUCUCUACCCCGACAGAGAUACAAAUAAUAUCGAUACAUUAUAUGCGAUUGCUGAAGCGCACGAUAUCCAACUUCCUACAUUUGACGAGCAGACUGUGGCAGAGGAAGUAUUUAAUCAACCGCAUAAACAGAAUGCGCCUUCGCCACAACAGUCUGCGGGCAGCGCAGGCAGCCCUUCAAUUGGGUCGAGGGAGUCGGAGAAUCCAGAUGUGAAGGGGAAGGUUGUGGAGGAGAAGUUGGUUCCUAUGCCACAAGGACCAUCGCAUUAUAUUGGGCCCUCCAGUUCAUUUGGAUUCGUCUUGACAGUGAGGAAUAUGGUUGCAGAAUUCAAUGCGGCUCUGAGGACGAUACAACCAGAUGACGAGAGGACGAAACUAUCUGCGGACUUUGCGGGGUCGAAUUGGAGUAAGGCUUUGGAACCAAUUGUCAAGGAUGAGAGCGAUGAGUCUUCAGAGGACAAUAUCGACAGACAAUUCGGGGAGCCUUCAUCAAGAAUACCCAGACAGCGAGCACCUUCACUCUUCCCGAAUUCCAUAGACAGCAAUGCCUUGACAGCGCGGCUGAAGAGGAUUACGGUUCUGUCUUUGUUGCCAGGUAAAGAGGUCACUGAUACUUUCGUCGAUGCUUAUUUCGAGCAUGUUCAUCCGAACUAUCUCCUCUUCCACCACCCUACCUUUCAGCUUCGGUACGAAACCAUGUGGACUCAACCGCAGGUGCUCCUACGUGACAUCGAACCCGGUUGGAUUUGCUGCAUCUUUAUGAUGAUUGUAUUUGGGGCUCAGAAUUUGGAAGAUCGCGAUGCCAGACAAUCUAUGCAGAUACAGCGGCAUUACCUUAAUCUGGUCCAGUCGAGGAUGCACCAGUUGAUCAGUGCUUCUACUCUGGUCAAUGUUCAGGCUAUUCUGCUUCUUCAACUUUACCAGCACAACUGCACUGAAAGGAACAGUGCGUUCAUGUUACUGGGCUGUGCGUCCAGGAUGGCUAUGGCUCUUGGUAUGCAUAGAGAAGGUACUUCUGGAGGCUUCGAUGAUAUGGAAAGAGAAGUUCGGAAACGUGUUUGGUGGACAGCUUAUAUGUUCGAGCAGAAUCAGUGCGCUAUUCUGGGCAGGCCCUGUGCUAUUGAUGAUUCAGAAGUCAAUGUCACGUUUCCAGAUGAGAUGAUGCUUGAUGGUGGAUCUUCAGUACCUCCAGGAUUCAUCGAUUACUCCGUCCGACUGAUGAAGUUGCUCUCUGAUGUGAGGAGAAAGAUUUACUCUUCACCAUCAAGUGCUACACAGCAAGGCGAAUCUCCGAAGAUGAGCGUUGCGGUACAAUUUUUACUAGACCUGGACUCCUGGAAUCAUAGUCUGCCUCCGUCUUUGAGACUUGAGAACCUCUCUUCGAUCCCGAAACAUCGACGAGCUGUCAUCCUCAUGCAUAUUCAGUUCCACCAGAUACAGUCUCUCGUCACCAGGCCUUUCAUUCUGAGGAAAGUUGGAGUUCAAUUGGCUAGGAAGCUAGGUCGACAUGUUCGCUCUCAUGAUCUGGAUACGGAAGAAUUGAAUCUCAGUCAUGCCUGUGGAACUUACUCCCGGAAAGCUACAUCACUACUCCACCAACUCCUAGUGACAGGUAUGUUUGAUGGUGUAGCCUGGAUAGAUGCCUACUACAUCUACCACUCCGUCUUCAUCCUGGCUCUCGACUUCCUAGCUCGACCCUGGGACGAACGUGACACCGCCGAAGACAACUCCCGCAAAAAGGCCGUCCGCGACGUCAUGGCUUCCCUACAACCCAUCAAGCUCUGCCGAACCUUCACAGUUCUCACCCAAGUAGCUCUUCAACUCGCCAAAAUCGUCGGCAUCUUUGACGCCCGCUCAGACUCACAUGAGAAGAGCGAGGAAUAUAGAAAGUACAUGGACCAACAACAAGCCUCCUUUGGCUUCGACUACGGGCCCCAGCCUACACAUACCGGUCCUGGCAAUAUCAACGGCGCACAAAAUGGCAACGUAGUACAUACAUGGUUCCAAAAAGAUCCCGUUGAGCUACCAUGGGAUCUGAGAGACUUGUUUGGUACGGAAGGAUAUGUUGCUACGGGGCCGGUGGUGAGUGAGGAGUAUGGGAAUAUGCCGAAUUUGGGAGGUGCGUAUGCGGGGAUGGGGAUGUUGGGUGAGGAGGAGGAUUUGAUGACUAGUGUGCCGCCGCAUACGGCGUAUACGCAUUGGGGGACUAUCGAUACGCCGUUUGCGAGGAGUACCGGGAUGGGGGGUGGGCAGAUGCCUAAGGGGCCGGGGAUGCAGUGA